AUGUCGUCCAUGUCCAGCACCAUUUCGGAGCUUUCCAGCAUCAGCGAAGCUUCCACAUACGGUGUAGACGGAGAAGACCUUCCUCCUGCCGUUCCUCGAAGAAGGAGGAGCAUUGGAAGUAGAUCCGCUGUCAGCACUGCAGCCUCGCAAGCUGCUGCUACUGUGGAAGCGGAAUCUCUGCAAAGCAUCACCGAAGAACAGACACCACCACACCAGCAGCAGCAGGAUGGUGGUGUUGGUGGUCCAGUAGAUGAUCCUCCCUCACGACCCAAGCGAAGCCACGAUGAUGAUGUCGGUGGUAACAACAACAACAACAACAAUAUUAAGGGCACUGGCACACUCGCUGCUCGCAUCAUCAGCCAAGAGGAGGGAAAUGCACAAGAAUCAUCAUCUGCUGAAACGAUAAGCAGCCGCCCACCACGAUCGAGCAACAACGCUGAAUCUGUCAAAAAUGCCGGUGGUGGUGAUUCUGGUGCACCGUCGCAAGAAGAAGAAAAAUUGUUGGAAGCUGCUCGAAGAAGAACACGAAGUAGUGGCGGCAGUAGUAUUAAUGACAGAUCGUCGUCCCAGAAAAAAUCGCGCAGCAGAAGCAACUCUGAUGAUACUGAUACUGAUACUGAUAAUAAUAAUAAUAAUAGGCAUUUGGGUGAUGCAAACGAAGACGGCGAAGAGCGAUUGGAAGCUGAGACUGGGAAAAGGCCUGAUUCUCAUUCCAAUCAGAAUCAGAAUUUGGCACAUCAUAAAGGCCCACCCACCCAAGAUGAAGAAAAGCAGAGGGAAAUUGCGAGAAGAAACAAUGCCAGCCAAAGUACCGCCAACUCGAAUAGUAAUGAUAAUGAUGUCGAAGUGGGAGGGGGAGGAGGAGGAGAACCAGCCCGAACUGAAUCAUCCCAAACCACAGUCUCCGAACACCGGCAUCGUCACUCGAGACGUCCGCGUCGCACUCGAUCUGGAGACAACAACAAUGCGGCUGGGAUAUCUCCCGACUCGAAUUCGUCGUCCCGAUCGCUCUCAUCCGUUUCCGUUUGGACCAGUGAUGAUUCCGAUUCCUCGUCCAGUUUUUCGAGGAGAACCCUCGAUCGAAGAGGACGCGAACAUGAAUUGAGGACUCGUGCUGGCAGCGGCAGCCAGCAUAAUUCGAAUCACAGUCACUUAGUAUUGGAGCCUGUUCCAUCCGGAGAUGAAGAGGAUGGAUCUGUUGCCCCGUCGUCCCAUUCCAGCAGAAGCACACGGUCCUUUGCCGGGGAGACAGACGAUGAGGAACAACAAUUCGGCGAAUCCUCCUUCACAUCGAGUCUAUUGAGUAAUAUGGUGGAAGCCGAAGUAGCACCAGACCUUACAGAAGAAAUUGAAGCGGCCAGAGCACGGGGACGAGCUGAAGCCAUGGGGGAGGUUGAUAACCCUCCCAUUGUGGUGGCAGUGGCGGAACCAAGAGAGCCCAAGGAAGACGACGAGUCUGGAAAGUCAAACAAACGAAAAUGCUGCUUGCUACUUGCCAUGUUACUUCUAGUGGUUGGCUGUCCAGUGGCGUAUUUUGCCUUGAAAGCCGAGCCAAGCGAGAGUGUUAUUGCUCCAAAGGACCCACAAGACUCGGAACUGGUGGCAGAAAUUAUUUUUGAUCCACCUUCUCCAGACGAGUGCGAAUCCAUGGCCAAUGGAAAUUCGGUUGUCAGCCAAGAGGACAUGUUCUCACAGUAUGUGGAUAUGGACAUGGACAUGGUAUCAACGAAUGAACAAGAUGCUGCCUUGCUUGUAGCAGAGCUGAUGAAGCAGAUUCAGAUCAUUCUGAUGCCCUUGCUUGUAGGAUGCAACAGCUAUUCCACUGGGGACAAUAUAUUUGAAGACAACAACAACAAGGGCAGCGGCAACUCGACCACAACUACUUGCACUUCCAAACAGAAUCCCGACUGUGCUGGCAUCGCCUUGACAUUGACGUUGACUCUGCGCAAAGACGAAGAUAGCGGAACGGUGGUGGAAACAACCAGUGAACUUGUGAUGCAGCCGACGUGA